CAUGGCCGGACGCCCUUGCAUCUUGCUGCCAAUAAGGGCCAUCUUUCUGUGGUCCAGAUCUUGCUGAAGGCUGGCUGCGACCUCGAUGUGCAGGACGAUGGGGACCAGACCGCCUUGCAUCGGGCCACGGUGGUGGGGAACACUGAGAUCAUCACGGCGCUCAUCCAAGAGGGUUGUGCUCUGGACAGACAAGAUAAGGACGGGAAUACAGCCCUGCAUGAAGCCUCCUGGCAUGGUUUCAGCCAGUCAGCUAAGCUGCUCAUUAAAGCAGGAGCCAACGUGCUUGCCAGGAACAAGGCAGGGAACACAGCCCUGCACCUGGCCUGCCAGAACAGCCAUUCCCAGAGCACACGAGUCCUCCUGCUGGGUGGCUCCCGCGCUGACCUCAAAAAUAACGCAGGCGACACCUGUUUGCACGUUGCUGUGCGCUAUAAUCACUUGUCCAUCAUUAGGCUGCUCCUCAGUGCUUUCUGUUCAGUCCAUGAAAAGAACCAGGCUGGAGACACAGCCCUUCAUGUUGCCGCUGCCCUAAACCACAAGAAGGUGGUUAAAAUCUUAUUAGAAGCUGGAGCAGAUGGGACCAUUGUGAAUAAUGUAGGCCAGACCCCACUGGAGACUGCUCGCUACCACAAUAACCCAGAAGUGGCUCUGCUCCUCACUAAAGCUCCCCAGGUCUUGCGCUUCAGUCGUGGGCGAAGCCUGCGGAAGAGGAGAGAGAAGCUCAAGCAAGGAAGGAGGGCCCAGUCCGUGCCCAGAGAUGAGGUGGCACAGAGCAAGGGAAGUGGCUCAGCCAGAGACACCCCCAGCAGUGAGCAGGCUGUGCUCAGAAAAGAAGAGGCUGGAGAAGAUUUCCUGUCAGCCUCCCCAGAGCCCAGAGCAAAGGAUAACAGGAGAAGAAAGUCGAGACCCAAGGUGUCAGCCUUGUCUGACCCCACCCCUCCGGUAGACCAGCAGCCUGGACACCAGAAGAACUUGCACGCUCAUCACCACCCCAGAAAGAAGAGCAGGCACCGGGGCUCCUCCCCGCCCCCGCCCCACGAGUUCAGAGCCUACCAACUGUACACACUGUCGGGCAAGGAUGGGAAAGUGAUGCAGGCACCAAUAGAUGGUUGUCGCUGUGAACCUCUCAUCAAUAAGCUGGAGAAUCAGUUGGAAGCAACCGUGGAAGAGAUAAAAGCAGAGCUGGGGUCUGUGCAAGAUAAAAUUAACAUGAAGCUGGGCCACAUGGAAGCCAAAACACAGCACCAAAUGCGUGUUUUGGACAAGCUGAUGGUGGAGCGACUCUCAGCAGAGAGAACCGAGUGCCUGAGUCGCCUGCAGCAGCACUCAGAUGCCGAGAAGCACGACGGAGAGAAGCGACAGAUGUCGUUGGUGGAUGAAUUAAAAACCUGGUGCAUGUUAAAGAUUCAGAAUCUGGAGCUGAAGCUUUCUGGAGAGUCU